AUGAAUUGCAUGAGUGAUGAAUUUCAAUAGAAAUUUUAGCAAUUACUCUAAUUAAAGGGUAUCUAUGCUACUCGGGAGGUUUUGCCAUAAAGAGUAUAAAGAUUAAAGCUCUUUGAUAUAAAUUUCCAAUUAAAGCAAAUCCGUCAUCUAUAACAAAAGAGAUUAGAUCAAAUUAUCAAUGGUUCUAUUAAAUCCUAAUCAACUUAAUAGCAACUAUCAACAGAAUAAACUGUAUCAAAGCAGUAUAGCAGUUUGAUUAUUGCAGAUCAAUAAAAUAUAUGUUUGAGUUGCGAUAAAUACAUAUUCGAAAAGAAAGUUGAAUUAUUUUGUCAUAAUAAAUUCCAUCACAGUUUCCAUUCAAGUUGCUUGGCAACAAUUAUGAAACAUUAACUACAAUAAUAAUGCAUUUAAUUUACUUGUUUAUGUAAAAGUUAAAUUAAACAUGGAUAAAUACUGAAACAAAGAGCACUUGAUUUGGAAGUAUAUAUUAACAAAUUGAUGGAUAACUAGCUCUAUUAUAUGAAAUUUCAUUUACCAAAUAUCAAACAAUGUGCUAAUAAAGAAUGUGACUUUUUUUGGAUUUGCUAGAAUCCUGAAAAAAAAAGAAGUCAACCUCAUUCUAACUCUCAUUCUCCUUUGAAAACAUAUAGACUCACUUAUGUUAACUAUUGCCCGAAUUGUAGAUUUUAAUGA